AUGUUACAAAAUUCCUUGGACUCUCCUUCUAAAAAGGCUUAAGAUAGUUUGCUUAUAAAUACAAGAGGAAUUGUUUCAAAAUAAAAUGUCAUUUAAAUUUUGAUAUUUCAUAUUUUGCAUUGUCUAGUUGACCUUGCUUUAUUGAUUCAGUAUCCCUAUUAUUUAGAAUACAUCAUUCCAAAAAUGUCUAUUAGUAUCUUAAUGGCUUUGAUAAUAUUAUCAUUUUAGAAAAAACUAACUCAUGUGAUAAUUAAUAUUCUUUUGCUUGUGGUAAAAUUCAAUUCAAUUCUUUUUCUUUUGUUGAUUGGAUAAGAUUAUAUAUUAAUAGUAGCAUUAAUUUGUGAGCAUAAUAAUUAUUCACCAAACAUGAUUAGCUUAGAGUAUUCUAUUCAAAAAUUUAUCACUAAAGUUAGUUGUUUAGUAAUAAUGAUCAUUUAAUUUUAAAUUAUAGAUAUAUGCAUUAUUACAAGCAUUUUAUUCUAAGAAAUAUACUAAUUAGGUUUACUAUUGAAAUAAUUUAAAAAAUAAAAUGUUGGAGAUAUAUUAUUUAGCUCUUUUUAAAAUAAAAUUAAUCGAGAAACAUUAACAAUUUUUUCUAAAGAAAAUACCUGGAUGAGUAGAAUAUCCACUCUACCUAUAUGUUUCAUUUUGAUUUCCAAAAAAGAUUUGAAAUUAACAUAUAAAAAUUAAAAUGUAUAUAAACAUUUUUCGACAAUUUGUAAAACUGAGGAAGAAUUCGAUAAAUUAAUACUUAAUUAAUUGGAUUUUUCAAUUAUUUCAGGUAAAUUUUAAUUCAUAUAAACUUAGAAUUUUUCGAAGAUUAAAAAAACAUCGCUACUGAUCAGCAUAUAAAAAAGAAUAGAUUAAGAAAUAAUGGUACAACAUUAAAAAGUAAUUAAGACAAAAAAGAUUUUUGUGAUUAAGAAAGCAUAAAUUAAUAAUUUAAAGAAACUAAAAAAUUAGCUGAAAUUUUAGAAAACUACAAAAUAGGUAAACUAAGCGAAACUACAAAUUCCAUGAAUAAUACUUUGGAAUUAUUUUGUCAGUAUUUUUGGGAAAAUAGUAAAUGCUCUACCUAUAGUGGAUAAAUUAUUAUUAAUUAAGAAGAUGAUGAAAUAAUUUUAACAUUAAUUGACAUAUCAAAGCAAAAUAAGUAUUAUGAUGAGCUAAUAAAAGAUUAAUUUAAAACUUAAGUAAAAUAUUUUAUUUAACAUAAAGAUAGCUUAAUCAUUUUCACAUGAAUUAAGGACACCUUUGAAUAGUUCAUGUAAUUUUUUAUAGUAUUGUUUAAAUCAUAAAAGUGUAGAGGAAGAUAUCAAAAUUAAUUUUAUAUAACCUGCCAUAAAUGCAUUGAGGCUAUAAUCUUACUUGAUCAAUGAUAUUAUUGAUUUUAGUUCAUUAUGUGCAGAUAAUUUAGAAUUAGAUAUUAAAGAUUUUUAAAUAAAGGAUUUAGUUGAUGAGAUAAACAAAUUAUUUAAAUCAGUUAUAGAAAUGAAAAAUUUAAUAUUGUAUGUCGAUUUAUUGGAGAAUUAAUUGAAUAAUCUUUGCACAGAUUUUUCAAGAUUGGUUCAGAUUAUAGUAAAUAUAUUAUAAAAUUCGAUUAAAUACUCAAAUAGUGGAUAUAUUCUUUUAAAAUUGACCUCUUUUUCAUCUAAUUAUUUAAAGAUUACAAUAAAAGAUGAAGGUUUCGGAAUAGAAGAAGAUUAAUUAAUUAAUAUACAUUAAAUGCUAUUAGAUGUUGAAUAAAAUUAAAACUUUUCUUAAUAUAAAUCUUGGCAUGGAUUUGGUUUAUUGAUUUCAUCUAUGUUAUUAUCAAAAUUAUGUCCUGCUGAUUAUAAAUCAUUAUUAAUAAGAUCUGGAGGAUAAGGACAGGGAACAAAAGUAACAUUUUAUAUUUAGAAUCAUAAAUUGACUCAUCAAUCAUCAAGUAUUCAUUAUAAGGAGAAACCAAUAAGAUUUAAUAGCAAAUUAAGAUAAAGCAAUCUUUCAGGUUCAAAUCAUCAUGUUUCUAUAAAUGGAACUCUAAUUUAAAUUAGUGAUUUAUUUGUUUCAAAUCGUAAACUUAACACUCAAUUUGUAAAAAAAGUAACCCUUAAAUCUGUAAAAUCAAAUGAAAAUUCAAUAUUUUCUGAUAGUAUCAUAAAUUUAGAUUAAGAUUUAUAAAUUGCUGAAUUACAUCAUUUGUAACCUUUUUUAUUUACAGAAAAUGCUCAAUAAAAGAUUAAAUUGAGUAAAUAAGAAUUAUCACCUAAAAGUAAUCAUCAAUAAACAAAAAUUGUAAGUUAUAAAUAAUUAAAGCUUUAAGAAGAUUAAGAAAGUGAAUAAAAUCUAAAAUCAAUUAUGAGAAAGAAAAAAUGUAAUUGUAAGAGGAUUUUAUCAGUAGAUGAUGAAAUAUUUAAUUAAAAAUCUAUUCAAUUCUUAUUAUCAUAAUAAGGAUUUGAAGUUCUUUUAGUACUAUAACAUAUUAUAUUUAAGGCAUUUAAUGGCGAGGAAGCUAUUUAACUAAUAAAAGAAACUCAAAAAUGUAGUCAUAAUUGCAGUUUAUUUUUAUUAAUAUUAAUGGAUUAUCAAAUGCCAAUAAUGAAUGGAAUAUAAGCCACCAAGUAAUUGAAAUUAAUGAUGGAAUAGCAUUAAAUACCAUAAAUUCAUAUAAUAGGAUUAACUGCAUUUAAUAGUAAAAAUGAUAUUCUGAUGUGUUUAAAUUCUGGGAUGAGUGAUGUAUUGACCAAACCAUUAAUUAUAAAAGAUCUUUUUGAAAUAUUACAGUUAAUUUGA